AUGGCUCGGAACCGACGCCACGACGACGACGACGACGAGGAGUACGAGGAGGAAGAGGAGGAGGAGGAGGAGGAGGAGGAGGAGGUGGUGAGGAGGGGGAAGGGCGCCGGAGGGCGGAAGCGGGGGCGAUCCGAUUUUAUUGAUGAUACUGCGUUGGAGGACGAUGAGGACGAGGAGGACGAGGAGGACGACGACGAUGAGGAUUUUGGCCGCGGCGGCGGCGGCGGCGGCGGCGGCCGCGGGAAGAAGCGGCGGUCGGGGUCGGAGUUCUUCGAGCUCGAAGCGGCCGUCGACAGCGACGAAGGGGAGGAGGAUGAUGAAGAGGGGGAGGAUGAUUUCAUCAAUGAUGCCGGAGCUGAUCUACCUGAUGAGGAGGAGGGUAGACGGUUACAUCGUCCGUCCAUCCUUAUGGGUGAGGAUCAGGAAGAUGUCGAUGAGAUAGAGAGACAAGUAUAUGAAAGAUAUGCAAAGUCAAGCCAUGUGGAAUAUGGCGAUGACGCGACAGAAGUCGAACAACAAGCUUUAUUGCCAUCUGUGAAGGAUCCAAAGUUGUGGAUGGUGAAAUGUGCGAUUGGUCAUGAGCGCGAGACAGCUAUAUGUCUCAUGCAAAAGUUCAUAGAUAGGGCAGAUCUCCAGAUAAAGUCAGCUAUCGCGUUGGACCAUCUAAAAAACUACAUUUAUGUUGAAGCUGAAAAGGAAGCUCAUGUUAAAGAGGCUUGCAAAGGUCUAAGAAAUAUAUAUUCUUCAGCAAAAAUUAUGCUCGUGCCUAUAAAGGAGAUGACUGAUGUUCUGUCAGUUGAAAGCAAAUCUGUUGAUCUUGCUAGGGAUACGUGGGUUAGAAUGAAGAUAGGCAUAUAUAAAGGAGAUCUUGCUAAAGUUGUUGAUGUUGACAAUGUGCGCCAGAGAGUAACUGUUAAGCUAAUUCCAAGAGUUGAUUUACAAACUCUUGCCAAUAAACUGGAAGGUAGGGAUAUUGGAAAGAAGAAGACAUUUGUACCUCCACCAAGGUUUUUUAACAUUGAUGAAGCAAGGGAGAUGCGUAUCCGUGUGGAGAGGAGGAGGGACAGAGAUUCAGGGGAGUAUUUCGAGAUGGUUGAUGGUUUAAUGUUCAAAGAUGGAUUCCUUUACAAAACAGUAUCAUUUAAGUCAAUCAGCUCACAAAAUAUUCAGCCAACCUUUGAUGAGCUUGAGAAAUUUCGGAAACCUGGUGAUGAUGUUAAUGGAGACGUGGCUAGCUUGUCCACUUUGUUUGCAAACAGGAAGAAAGGCCAUUUCAUGAAAGGUGAUGCUGUCAUUGUUGUUCGAGGAGAUCUCAAGAAUCUGGAAGGCUGGGUUGAGAAAGUAGAGGAGGACACUGUCCAUAUCAGACCGAAAAUGCCGGACCUUCCUAAAACAUUGGCUUUCAAUGAGAAGGAGCUGUGCAAAUACUUUAAACCUGGAGACCAUGUAAAAGUAGUUUCUGGUGUUCAAGAAGGUGCAACUGGUAUGGUUGUAAAAGUUGAGGGGCAUGUUUUGAUUAUCUUAUCAGACACUACAAAAGAGCAUAUCCGUGUAUUUGCGGACCAUGUAGUCGAAAGUUCUGAAAUUACUACUGGGGUUACACGAAUUGGGGAUUACGAGUUGCAUGAUCUUGUGAUGCUAGACAACAUGUCAUUUGGUGUAAUUAUACGUGUGGAAAGUGAAGCAUUUCAGGUUCUCAAAGGUGUACCUGAUAGACCUGAGGUCGUGCUUAUUAAACUGAGGGAAAUAAAGAGCAAGAUUGACAGACGAACCAAUGCCAAAGAUCGAUCGAAUAAUAUUGUGUCAGUUAAGGAUGUUGUGAGGGUAAUUGAAGGACCAUGUAAGGGGAAGCAAGGGCCUGUUGAGCACAUACAUAAAGGGAUCUUGUUCAUCUAUGAUCGACACCACCUGGAGCAUGCUGGUUUUAUAUGUGCUAAAGCACAGUCUUGUGUAGUUGUUGGUGGAUCAAAUAGGGGUCACGGCAUGAAUGGUGUAGAUGCAUUAGAUUCUCGAUUUGGUGGUUUGAGAUCUUCAUCGAAUGUUUUGCAGUCCCCAAGAAGGCUUCCUCCAAGAGGACCUCCUACAAAUUUUGGUGGAAGGUUCGGAGGUGGAAGGUUCGGAGGUGGAAGAGGGCAUGAUUCUUUGGUAGGUAGAUGCAUUAAAAUUAAAUCUGGUCCCUUUAAGGGGUAUCGCGGCCGUGUUAAGGAGAUCACCAGUGGAUUUGUGCGCGUAGAGCUGGAUUCACAGAUGAAGAUUGUCACAGUUAAAAGAGACGAGAUUUCUGAUACUCCUGGUGCUGCAACACCAUUCCGUGAAUCAAGAUUUGCUUCGGGUAGUGAAACUCCAAUGCAUCCAUCCCGGACGCCACUUCAUCCAAUUCAGACGCCAAUGAGAGAUCCUUCAGCAACUCCCAUACAUGAUGGUAUGAGAACACCAUUGCGCAACCGAGCAUGGGCGCCGAUGAGUCCUCCAAGGGAUAGCUGGGAAGACGGAAAUCCUGCCACUUGGGGAAGCAGUCCGCCUUAUCAGCCAGGAACACCUCCGGCCCGGCCAUAUGAAGCACCUACUCCUGGUUCAGGUUGGGCUAACACUCCAGGUGGCAAUUAUAAUGACUCUCCAACUCCCAGGGAUAACAGCUAUGGAAAUGCUCCAAGCCCUUACUUGCCAUCAACACCUGUUGGACAACCGAUGACCCCUACUUCUGCAUCUUAUCUCCCUGGAACUCCUGGCGGACAGCCGAUGACACCUGGGAAUGUUGGAAUGGAUAUGAUGUCUCCUUUAAUAGGUGGCGAAGGUGAUGGCAUAUGGUACAUGCCCGACAUUUUGGUGAAUACUGUUAGGCCUGGAGAGGAUCCUCAUAUUGGAGUAGUUAGAGAAGUGCUGACGGACGGAUCUUGCAAGGUUGCCCUUGGAGCGGCAGGAAACGGGGAGACUGUCAUUGCUCUUCCCACGGAAAUCGAGAUGGUGCAGCCCAAGAAAUCCGACAGGAUCAAGAUCCUGAGCAGCUCGCUCCGAGGGGUCACCGGGAAGCUCAUUGGAAUCGAUGGCACCGAUGGCAUAGUGAAAUUGGACGACACAUAUGAUGUGAAAAUAUUAGACAUGGGCAUUCUUGCUAAACUAGCGGCGUAAAUUUUUAUAUUAGUCCCAACCUCCUUGUAAACAAAUUCGAUGUUCGGCUAGAUGAAUUGUUAGAUGUGAAUGUUGUUGUCUUCCUCUAUAUUUCGGAGUUGCUGGAUUCCAUUUUCAGUUGGGAUGAUGUGCUUAGUUUUGGUAUCUUCAGCUGUUUUCGAGCCUUCUCAUCAGCAUCCAACAUUUGCCUGAUGAGAAGUUCUAAUUCUGAAAUGAGCAAAUCUUUUUUUUUUUUCUUUUUUUCCUUUUACCUUUUCCUCCAAUGAUGUAGUAAAGUUCAAAGUAACUGUUUUAGCA